AUGGCCAGCUUCCCAUGGCAGCACUUUAUUAAUCAGGUGCUGGCCACUCAAGGGAACAAUAGCAACAACAACAACGAGGGUGCAAGGGUUGAAGAAGAUUUGGCCAAGCCUUAUAAGCCGAGUAACCUCCCAUGCUUUUCACAGCAAAUAGCCGAUUAUGAUUUUCAAGCGAAGAUUAAGAUGUCAUCCCACAUCAAAACAUGUGAUGGGACUGAAGAUCCUGAAGACCAUCUCCAGAUCUUUACUGCCAGAAUCUGGUUCAAUGAUUUACCUGCUCGAAGCGUUCGAAGCUUCGAUGACCUCAGAAAGGGGUUCCUGGCCAAUUUCUCCCAACAUAGGCGGUACGUUAAAGAUGCUACAGUAAUCUUUCAGAUCAAACAAAGGGAUGAUAAAAGCCUUCGAGAGUUCAUAGAAAGAUACAAGAAGGAAGGUCUAAUAUAUGUGGGGGCAGACGAAAAGAUGAGGGUGGCCGGUUUUAUGAACGCCAUUACAUCCAAAUAUCUCACAAGAGACUUCAACAAAUCCCUGCCCAAGACCUUGGAAGAAGCUCUCGAAAGGGUUGAAGCCCACAUCCGGGGAGAGGAAGCAGUAGACAUUAAAGAGCAAAGGAAAAGAGGAUUCAGUUGGCGAGGCAGCAGCCCAGCUAGAAAAAGGGGGAACUUUAACUCCUAUGACAGAAGCCAAAAGGGUUCAGACCAUCGAAUGUCUGAAGCCCGGAACCCUUCCAGCAGGGAGAAAGGCAUAAGUUUCACACCCCUCACCAAGACUCCUCAAGAAAUCCUCGCAACAGAAGAAGUUAAGCAAAACUUUCGGCCUCCUAGGCCUCUCCCCAAAAGCAGAAAGAACGAAAACUCCACACAAUACUGUGAAUUUCAUGAAGAAAAGGGGCACCACACCAAUGAUUGCUUCCAGCUUAAGAAAAGGAUUGAAGAAGCUAUUAAGUCCGGGGAACUUGCUCACUUGGUGAAGGGAGUAAGGGACAAAAUAGCUGAAGGAAAGGGCAAGGAAGUCAAUAUGGUGGAUUUUGAUAGAAGGGUUCCACACAAGAGGCAACGGUUGGAAGCUUAG